AUGGUAGCUAUAGAAGCAGCAUCUGAUCAAGCUUUGCCUCCUCAAGCCCUGCCUGGAUGCCCCGGCCGGUGUGGUAAUCUCACAAUCCCGUAUCCCUUCGGGAUAGGGGAUGGUUGUUAUCUGCGACAAAGAUUCAACAUCACUUGUAACGAAUCUGCCCAUCCCCCAACAGCACUAUUGGCGGAUGGUAGUAUCAUUGCUACUAACAUAUCCCUGGAUGAAGGUGAGUUGCAAUUUUGGAAUACCAUAGCCCAUGAUUGUUAUGAUAAACAGGGCAAUCAAACGGGGAGCACGAGCAAUUCCCCUUCGCUCCAGUUGAAUCCUCCUUUCACCAUCUCUGGUACCAAAAACAACUUGAUCGCUGUUGGCUGUGACACUUCUGCAAUUUUCAAAGGAAACUUUCAAUACCCUUAUGAUGAAGCGAGGUACAUACUCACGUGCAUGUCCAUAUGUUACAAUCUUGACAGUGCUGUUAACGGCUCGUGCUCCUUCGGCUCCAGCAUUGGGUGUUGCCAAACUGGACUCCCUAACGGACUAAAAAAUUUUACUCUCACUUUGGGUAGCUUUUCUGAAUAUAAGGACGUCAUAUGGAACUUCAAGCCAUGCAGCUACGCCUUCAUCGUGGAAGAAGGCGAGUUCACAUUCUUCCCGAAUACAAGUUUUCAAGAACUGUCCAAGAAUCAACAACUUCCCGUGAUUCUUAAUUGGGAAAUUCAGGAUGGGGGUUGUGCCGAAGCUCAAAAGAGGCAUGAUUAUGCAUGCAAGGCAAAUAGCAGGUGUGUGAACCGGACGAUCGACAUCCGGACUGAACCGUCUGGUUACUAUUGCCAGUGCUUGCCAGGCUUCGAAGGGAACCCGUAUCUCCCAGACGGUUGCCGAGAUGUUAAUGAGUGCAUAGCUCCUACAAACCCCUGCAACAAUGGAAAGUGCGCAAAUUUACCUGGAAGCUACAGAUGUUUAUGUUGGAAAGGUUUCAGAAACAAAGACCCGACGACUUGCAUACCAAACAAUCCAACAUCAAAGAUCAAGUCCCUGAAAAUUUCGUUGGGUGUCAGUUUAGGCUUCUUAGUUUUGCUAGUUGUAAUAAUAUGGAUUCACUGGGAAAUGAACAAAAGAAGGAUUAUCAAACUCAAAGAGAAGCACUUCAAAGAAAAUGGCGGCUUAAUGUUGCAGCAACAACUCGCUCGUCAUGGAGGAAGGGUGGAUACAACCAGAAUAUUUACUUCAGAAGAACUUGAGAAAGCCACAAACAAUUACCAUGAAAGUAGAAUCCUUGGUGAAGGUGGCUAUGGAACUGUUUAUAAAGGAACAUUACCGGAUAACACAAUGGUGGCCAUAAAGAAGUCCAAAGUUGCUGCCCGAACUCAACAUGAUCAGUUUGUUAAUGAGGUGAUUUUGCUUUCUCAAAUAAACCACAGAAAUGUGGUGAGACUAUUAGGUUGUUGUUUUGAGACAGAAGUGCCUUUACUAGUGUAUGAGUACAUCACCCAUGGCACUCUUUUUGAGCAUUUAUUCAACAAUAAAAACGGUAAAAGAUCAUCACUUUCGUGGGAAUUACGAUUGAAGAUAGCAUCGGAAACUGCAGGAGCACUAGCAUACUUGCACUCUUCCACUUCCACACCAAUCAUACACCGGGAUGUGAAAGCAACAAAUAUACUGUUGGAUGAAAAUUAUACGGCCAAAGAGUCGGAUUUUGGAGCUUCGCGUUUCAUUCCUCUGGAUCAAACUCAAGUAGCAACAUUAGUGCAAGGCACAAUGGGAUACUUAGAUCCCGAAUAUAUGCAAUCAAACACGCUAACAGAAAAGAGUGAUGUUUAUAGCUUUGGAGUUGUCCUAGCAGAGCUAUUAACGAGCAAAGUGGCGGUUUCUUUUGCUAGGCCCGAGUCAGAAAGAAGCCUAGCAUAUUUAUUUGUUUCCUCAAUUGAAAAACAAUGCCUGAUUCAAAUUCUUGAUGCUGACAUGGUGAAUGAGGGAAAUGUCGAGAUGCUUGAGCAGGUGGCAAAUUUGGCAAAAAUAUGUCUAAGGGUAAAAGGGAAGGAAAGGCCUACGAUGAAGGAAGUGGCCAUGGAGUUAGAGGGAAUGAGAACUACGGCAAAGCAUCCAUGGAAAAAUGCUGAUUUCUAUCCAGAGGAGACUGAGUACUUGUUGGGUUCUCCUAAUUCCAAGUCUUACAUUGAAGGUAAAGGUGAAGUUAGUUCUAGUGGUUCAGUCAGUAGGUAUGCCAGCAUGCAAAAUGAAAUGUUAAAGUCGUACGAUGAUGGUAGAUAA